AUGAGUCUGAUACACUUUUUAUUUUUUGUUUUUUUGUUUUUAACAGGAAAGUCUUAUCACCUGUCGGGCUUGUCCGCCGUCGUUGUGUCAACGACUAAUGGACGCGUCCGCGGACAAACACGAACGUUCAUGGGCGAGCAGCUGCAGGUAUUUCUGGGAGUUCCAUACGCUAAACCACCAAUCGGUGAACUGCGUUUUCAAAAGCCACAGCCUCCAGAUUCGUGGGACGACAUCUACGAGGCAACUUCCAUGAAAGAUUCAUGCAUGCAAGCACGAGUUCCGUUGGUCUUCCACAUACCGACGCCGCUCUCGGAGGACUGCUUGUACCUGAACGUGUGGACACCAAACGUUACACAAGGAGCGAAUCUCCCAGUCCUGGUGUGGUUUUACGGCGGAAUAUUCAAGAUAGGUUCAGCCUACGAAACAAGAUAUAAUGCCACCGCCUUAUCAGCCCUCAACGAUGUCGUCGUUGGGUCGUGCAACUUUUGA